UCGGCUCGGAACAGCAGGAGCUGCUAACACUCUGGACCUGCAGCGUUUAGCUCCGGAGAACCUCUGGAUGAUCAGAACCGAGCGACAGAAAGCAAACCGGAUCUCUCCGUGAAAACAAGCCGCGGGGGCCGAUGGCGGAAACAAAGCGCCGCCGACACGCCUGCAGGGACCUCACAUCCUCCUCCGUGUAGGUGGUCCCAUCUGCGGCUGUCGCCCUGUCCAUGAAGCCGCGUUUCACAGCCGGAUGAUCGCCCAGCUUCCCGGCGGAGCUUCACCGGAGCAGAACAUCUGCUGCGCGGAUUGAUCCACAGCGACGCCGGACCGGGAGUUUGGCCGCCCACAUGCGCAGUUUGGAGGGCUGAUCUCCAACCCUGGAGUGGCCUCGGAGCUCCACCAUGGGAGGAGGGAGCAGCAGGAUUAUCCAGCUGUGAACAUGGACCCGUGACGGAAGGCGGAUCAGUAUGUGCAUCUACAGCAUCAUGCUUUACAGGAGUUCUCCUCCUUUGAUGAUGAUGACGAUGCUGCUCACUCACUCUGGGAAGGAAGGCUUCACUCCACUGUCUCCCUGCCAAAGUCAUGGGACAUUAACACUCGUCUCUGCUGCCUCAUGGGUCUUCUAACCCAUCAAAGACACUGCUGAUGGAGGACGUCUCCAUGGCGAACGCUUCCGGGUCCCCACCAGAGCCGGUCCUCCCGACGGGGAAGUCCUCAGAAAUCGCCCCAGGCAUCAGCCUACCUCUGCAGGUCUUCUUCAGCCUUGCCAUGCUGGCCAUCCUGCUAGUGGCCCUCGCAGGGAACGGGGUGGUGUGCAUCAUGGUGUACCAGAGAUCUGCCAUGCGCUCCGCCAUCAACAUCCUCCUAGCUAACCUGGCGUUUGCAGACCUGAUGCUGGCCAUCCUGAACAUGCCGUUCGCUUUAGUCACCGUCAUGACCACCAGCUGGAGCUUCGGGGACACGUUCUGCCGGGUUUCCGCCAUGCUCUUCUGGCUGUUUGUGAUCGAGGGAGGAGCCGUGUUGCUUAUAAUAAGCAUAGAUAGAUUUCUGAUUAUCGUCCAGAAACAAGACAAGCUCAGCCCGCCCAGAGCCAAGCUGCUCAUCGUGGUCACCUGGGUCCUCUCGUUGAUUUUCUCCUUCCCCCUGGCUGUCGGCUCCCCUCCCCUGCAUAUCCCCCCCAGGGCGCCUCAGUGUGUCUUUGGCUACAGCGCUGACCCUGGAUACCACGCCUAUGUGUUGAUCCUCAUGCUAGUUUUCUUCUUCAUACCCUUCAUGGUGAUGCUGUACACGUUCAUGGGGAUCCUGAACACCAUCCGCCACAACGCCAUCCGCAUCCACAGCCACCCGGACAGCAUGUGUCUGAGCCAGGCCAGCAAACUGGGCCUGCUGAGCCUCCAGAGGCCUUUCCAAAUGAACAUAGACAUGAGCUUCAAGACCCGUGCCUUCACCACCAUCCUCAUCCUCUUCUCGGUGUUUACAGCAUGCUGGGCGCCCUUUACUGCCUACAGCCUGGUGACUACCUUCAGCUUCGGCUUUUACCACAAAGACAGCUUUUUCCAGAUCAGCACGUGGCUCCUGUGGUUGUGCUACCUCAAGUCCGCCCUGAACCCUCUCAUCUACUACUGGAGGAUCAAGAAGUUCCGAGAUGCCUGCCUCGAUCUGAUGCCCAAAUACUUCAAGUUUCUUCCUCAGCUGCCGGGCAACACAAAGAGACGCAUACAGCCCAGCGCCGUGUACGUAUGUGGGGAGCAUCGCUCUGUGGUUUGAAGGGAAAAUCCACUCUUAAUAUUGUUGAAAGCCCGCCUUGAUCCCAUGUACUUUGUAUUUGAGGGCCUGAUUGGUCUUUUGGGUCUUUAUUUUUCUCAGCGCAAGCUCAGGCUAAACGUAGCAGUGCAUUGAAAAGGCAGGGGGGCUGAGCUGGUAUGGCUAGCUGUUGAAAGGACUGAUUGGUGGAUCCAACAUAGAAGAUCCAGUUUUAGUCCAACAUUCAUGAUUUUUAGAGACGUCUGAAUGGAGAAAGCCCCACAUGUCCUGUCUGAGUGGGAAAAAUGUUCCUCUGCUGCUCUGUGGUUCUGGUUCCAAUACCAGGUUCAGUCACAUAACUGAUUUUAACACACUGCUGGGGGACUGGAAACCUUUUUAAAGUUUCUAAAGAACUGAGACGAUUAUGACGCAAAUAAAUAAUUAAGCGGAGCUCCGAUUAAGUUAUUCGGGACUGAGUGUUGACUAAACUAAUCAGGGAUGCAAACACCUUCUAUGAAGAAUCUUCAUGUUUUGGUUUACUUUGUCUUUUUUUAUUUGCUGUGACCCAUAAAUUAACCCCGUACCUGGAGAACCCAAGGAAAGGGCUCUCAUCAGGUGUUCACAUCCUGAACGUUUAUUCUGAUCUUCUGCAUUCGUUGCUUCCUUCACCUUACUGAAGUACAAUCCUCCAUUGGCAUGAAAAAUUAACAAAUUCCACUUUUCCUUCAAUAAUUUCCAUGAUUUUAUCGGUUCAUUUUUUGGUUGCAAUGUUUCAUUUUUGUGUAAAAUGAAUAUAAAUGUUUUAAUCUAAGAUAAAGAAAACGUCUGUGAUUAAAACUUUAACAGGGAAGGUUUUAGUAGAAAUUCGGAUCUUUCUCCAGUAAGUUUUUGUUCUUACCGGGGGCGUAAUGUUAAAUCCGGAUGAGAUGAAACAUGAUAAGGAGUUCACAAAAUGAGAUAAGAAAUAAGAUUUUAGCAAAUUUCUUGGAAUAACUUUAGGAUCCAUUUUUUUGUUGUUGUUGCCACAAAUUGAGCAAAGAAUACGUAAUCAGAGCAGAACUAUUCAGUCCACAGUUGACUGGGUUAUACAGUAUAUUGGGUUUUUAACGCUUGGCUGAUUUGAAGGCGCUCUUAAUGCCAUAACACGGAAGAUUUGCUUUUAGUGUCUUCUCAAACAGAAUGAAGAUAAAUAAUGAAGUCAGGUGGUGUUCAGGUUAGAAUAAUCCUGUUCUGCUUUGAUCAGUUGGUGGACUUUAGAUUUCCACUAGAGCUGAGCAUCCAGACUGGUCAAAACUGGGAAUUGGCCCUUUACUUUACCACCAGACAGGAAGUUCUGCAGCGGACGCCAUCUUGAGCUUGGUCGGGUGGAAGUCAGGCCACACAGUUUUAGAUCUACUUCCUCUUGUACUUCAAAAUAAAAGUCUCAAACAUGGACCCAAGCCUAAAGAGCUCACCUUCGUGUCCUGGUGUCCAGGGCCAAUUAAAAUAGCUUGGUGUGUGCUCCUUGUUGAUGAUACUCCUCCAGAGGCACUUUGUGGUGUUUUCAGCAUGGUCAGAUCGUGUCCAACAAUCCCCUCACAGUUCCACCGUUUUACUUCCACUUCAGGAGCAGGCUUUUUAAAAUCCGAAAUGUGUUUGUAUCCUGGUAAAAUAUUCUGUAACAGACAAACGUUUCCAUCCUCGGCAAACUGUGGUAGAAUAGACUUCCCUGGAGCUUUGACAUCUGUCCUGGGGCUGAGUGCCGCUUAAAUUUAAACCCACAACCAACAUGGCAUCACAUGAAAACACUUGGGUUUUGUAGUUGAAGAGAGUCUGCCGGUUCCAUAUGGUGAAAGGUGUUAGAUGGGGAAGAUCCACGCCGCUCUCUGCUCUGUGAACAGGGGAUUAAAGCAGCAUCGUUGUCUCCUCUCUCUGGAAUCGUGGCGGGGCGAACAGGAUGAUUGAACCAAAGCCCCCGGUGUUGUACCGCAGUGUUAAUGUCAGUCAGCAGGUCUGAGAUGACCACACCUGCCAGGCGGAGCUUUUUCUGCUUCACUCGGUCUGAGCGGCUGUCCUUUUUUAAUAAGCUUCUCAUUCUAACAGAAAACAGCCACAGACGUUAGUGAUGCUCAAGGAGUUGCAGUUAGUGUUAUCAUGUCAUCAGAAUGAUACCCUCUGUCCACUAGGCUGCGUGUUAAGAUGGAUGCAGUUGCUCAAGAUUAUCAGAUAUAAGUCAGAUCGCAACUGUGCUGUUGUCAUUGGCAACCGGUCUGUUACUUGGUGACUGGGCACGAACGAGUGAUAUUCAGACCCAAACAUUUGCUUCAAGGUGAAAAUCAGUCCGUUCAUUUCUACAAAUGCAACCGAACCUGAAAAGAAAGGGGAACAUUUCAGAACAUUGUUUUCUAUGCGGCGCAGCAUGUUUGGGUGUUAGAAACCCUUUAUCCAUGUGGGGUUAGGGUUACUUCUCAUUGUGUUGGAGAGAGGUGACAUGGGCGAUCUGAAGCACUGGAAGACUCCUCUUUCAGGUCCCACGUGUGCAAAGGAAAGUUAAACACUGAUAUAGUCAUGGUGGGAAGAAAACUACGCCUUCAUUGUCUUCUAUGGUUUAGCAUAUUUUGCAGGGUUUUUGUGGUGUACCUGGCACAGACCAGAUUAUUCACAUGAUGAAACCCUAAAACUGGCGGUAUGUGUGCUUUUCUUUUACCUUGGCUGUAGUCUGUGUACAGAAAGGUUUAAGAAUGAGGCCGUGAGGUUAAUUCUCGCGUUUCUUGUCUCGGAGACGAACAGGAAAGGCCUGGGAGCGGCGCCUCCAGUCCGAUUGGCUCCAGCAGCACCACAGGAGAAAGAAACAGAAACCGUCUAAGAUAAACAUAGAUGUCUGGUCUGUCAUAAAGCACCACCUCCACCCACAUCCCUGCUUACUAAACACACUGAAAUAAACCCUUCCAAAUUCACAGUAGUAUAGUGACACGUUACAGUACCUGCUAAUGUCCGGGUAGCUGCUCAAAUCCAGCGCCCUGCUGCCUCACCACUUCUUUAUCUCGUCUCAGAACUUCAUAGUGCUGAAUUUCUAAGAUAAUUUAUCGAUUCCUUCCACAAAACACUUUGAAAUGAGACACCCAGUGUCAUUUGAGAGGCACCAAGGUGGCACGAGGGGUUAAAGCAGUUUGUGAGAUGCCGAGUGGGGUCUGGAGAGCACCUUGAUGUUCCACAUAUAAAGGGUUUCCAUGGAUUACUGGCGUGAGGGUGUGGCGUGCUGCUGGGGGUUUCUUUACAGCCAGAUUAUUGAAUGAACUGGUUUGAGGGGGCACAAACUUUAAAUUGACCAGCCUCUGUCCCUAAAACUACUUUCUAAUGAAAGCCCAUGGCUAUGGCCUAGACCAGUGACCAAAUCAUGCUUUACCCUCCUGUUUGAAGAAAUGUCCUGCCUCCGUUUUUCAGACACGGUCUGUUCUUUCCUUUAUAUCUGCCGCUGAAGUCGCCCCUUUCAGCUCCACGUGUAGGGGACGUUGGGAGUGCGGUUCCGUUUUGAGUCUGAGGAUUCUCUCUCAAGCCAUCAGGGAGUACCAGAUGCUGAUUUUCAUACUCGUCUUGAAUAUUUCACCAAAACAACUGCUGAACAUCCACUUCAUUCAAACACGUCUCCCCCUGCAGUGGCUGCUUUUGUGUCAGAGAGGUUUCAUACUACUAGGAAUUCAAAUUGAGUCCUUGACCGAGUUUGAGGCUUUUGGACCAAAGUUGCAUUGAAGCAUAAGAAGCCAUAUGAGAUUUUAGCCAAAAUGAAAGCACAUGUUGGCGGAAGGUGGAACAUUUACGUUAAACCCAGUGGGAUCUCCUCUUUUAAACACUUUUACUUGCCUGGAAUUGGAAAGAAUAGAAUAAAAGCUUUGGUUUUAUCCCUGCUGCCAUUUCAGUGUCUCCUCUGGGGCCAGAAAGCAGGCCCACCAUUUAAUGCCUGCGAAAACAAAUUCAACUAGAGAAGUGGAUUUUUACGACGUCAGUGAAGAGACGCCUGGUAUGCACUGAAUGACAUGUACUGUGUGAGAGUUUUAGAAGCCGAAUUUAUUUCCCUUCUUUCUUCACUUUUUGAGGGAGAAAAGGAAAGUCAGUUUUUAUUGACUGUUUCUUGCACUGAAAAUGUGUAAAUCCUGGGGAAAGAACAGCGUGUAUAAUAGUGUGGGUUGUUUUUUUAGAAGCAUGUAAAUGACCAGCUGAAGUGGCAGGAUAGAGGCCACAGCUCAUUUUGAAAUGUGUAUUUGUAUGUUAAUGUUUUCAUUGUGCCUAUUAAUUAGUCUGUUGCCAGUCAGAAUGCUGCUAUUAUCUGGUGAAAAUGUGCAAUUUGGGUGUACUGUACUGUUGAAUGUAAUAAAGAACUAGACAUUUCUUACAUUGGUAAA